AUGGAGAGGUAAGUGUCGCCCGCAGAGAUUGUUCACCAUUUCUUAUUCAUUUUCUAUUGCAUCCACUUUCUUUGUAACUUCCUAGAAUACGGAGGGCUAUUAGAUGUGAUCUUAUGCUUGUAUUGCAAAAUGUUGUAACUACCUACUAUUAUCUUGGUGGGUGUGCUGCACAGUGAGCAGUAAUAAUUUUUAGUCCUGAAUUACAGCUCCAGGGUUGCUUAAUUCACCUUUUUUAAAGCGACUUUAUGAUGCUCUUCUAAACUGGGGUGGGGAACCUCUGGCUUGUCAACCCAGAAUCCACAUUUGGCUCAUGAGGCCAUUUCACUCCCAAGUUACUCUCAACUGAUGUCAUAAGUGAUGUCAGUUGUGUGGAAAGUUCAGUCCUGUUUGGUUGGGGUGCACCAGUGAGAUACACAAAACUGGUGUUCCUGAAUUCAGCUUUAAAAAAUAUUUUUAAUCCAAGCUUUGAUUAUAUUGGACUCCUGCGUCCUUGGUAGCAGGUUGGAAGAUUAGCAUCAUCUUGUUAAAAGCGCUGGCUCUGAUUUGUUCUCUUGCUUCUCCCCAAGUCUGUGGAUGGGCGUCAGAUCAGAGUGGACCAGGCUGGAAAAUCCUCCCGUGGCUCUUCUGGAGGCAGAGGGCGUGGACGUGGAUUCUCCAGAGGUGAGCUUUCCUGUGGCAUGUGCCCUUCCGUGCUAACUGCUUAGUGGUGUGGGAGCAAAUAGGCUUGGUAAACAUUCGUGUCUUUGCUGCAGGAGGUGGAGGAUAUGGAGGUGGCCGUUAUGAUAACAGAAGCGGUGGCUAUGGUGGAUCUAGAGACUAUUAUGGCAGCAGGUAAGACCAGCACACACACCUAAGAGAUACUUGGUUGCAGCAGAUUGUGGUACCUACAAAUAUGAUGUUGAGAUCAUGAUCCUUUGUGUUCUGUAUUAGAAUAACAGUUUGAGAGUUCCUUCUGAACCAUUAAACUUAGAGGUAGCAAAAGAGUUGAAGUGCUCCUGAUUAUUUUAGCACUAGGAAAUAGGCUUAGCCAGUUGUGUGCUGCUAUGGCAUGGAAGCUGCAGGUAUUGCUGUUUUACUAACAACGGCCUAUCAUGUAGAAAGGAAGACUAGUCCUGCCAUGCCUGUGUUUCUCUUCUAAAUAACAACACAGUUGGUGGGUAUGAGUCUGCCAGUAAGACUGGACUUACUGUAAUUGGAAUUGUUAACGUUAAAUGAAUAUCAAAUUACAGUGCUGCUGUAUGCCCUUGUUCCUUCAUGUAUUGUGAUUGGCUUAUGUUUCAUUUUGGUGGGCCGUGGUGGCUGGAAUCUAGUCUGGGAUGAUGCCUGGUUUUCAACAUUGCUGAGAUACAUCGCCCAGUCCAGGCCCCUAUACAUCUCUGGCUCAUGUGAGCCAGAGGGGCACCACAAUUUCCUUAAACUGCUCAGCUGGGGGAUGCGAAUCCUCCAGCCCCUCAGCUGAGCGAGCCCACAUACUGCUGCAGCUCGCGCAGGCCAGGGGACUUACUCAAAGGUGCAGGCAGACGGGGCCUGAGAAGGUGGUCACCCAGAACUACUUCAGGCGCCGUCUGCUUGAGCAUUUGCCGUCUGCAGGCAAUUUGAGCUGAUGCAAUGCAUUGUCAGCUUAAAAUGUCUGAAACUGGUAUCACGAUCUGAACAACAGUGGAAUCCUGCUUUCCAACUGGUUUCUCUUUGCCCCUAAGGCAACUUAGCCAAAGUGGUACCUUUUUUAUGCUGCUGGAGUCCCAUCAGCCUCAGCCAGCGCAGCCAAUUUUCAAGGAAGAUGGGAGUUGUAGUACAUCAACAUUCAGAGGGCCAUAGCUCCCACCACGUCCUGGGUUUGUGUUGUGAUUCUGGUCAUUUUGUGAUGCAGAUCUAUGCCCAUCACCUAUGCCAUCUGUGUACAUGGUGCUUUACAAAAACUGCAAGAAGCAAAGAAGUAGUUGCCAUUUUGCAUUCAUAUAGGUCCUUAUUGGAAAGACAUACUGAAAAACUAGUAUAGCUAGAAAUGGAUCCUAGUUUUUUAUAACCUUAUUACUAAAUCGGUCCUUCUCUUAAUGACCAAUUUAUAUACAGCACUUAAAUAAGAAUGAGGUUUAUAAAUGAGCAAUUCUGUAUUGCACGUAAAGGUUCUUUUUGUGAUUUUGGCAUUAUAGUGAUAUUUUAAUAUGCCCACCUGUACAAUGGGACAUCAGCCCCAAAAUAAGUUCUGGGUGGUCUUCCAGGUCCCCAGAUCAGAUUUAUUUUUCCAUGGGCGGGAGGAAGCAAAGAAGAAUCCCCACUGCAUGAGUGGAUGGAUGCCUGCUCAUACUACAUUGAAUCUCUCUCAAUGUAUAACAUUUAACAGCAACUCAGCAGUGACAUAUCAGUCUUCUGUGCUUUUUCCCUCAAGGAACCAAGGAGGCUAUGGAGACCGUUACUCUGGGAGCUCCUACAGAGAUAACUAUGAUAACUAGGUAAGUGUAUGUCUAAGCACCAUCUGCUUCUGAUAACAGGAUAGCUACUAAAGCAUAGGACUUAGUUCUCUCACGUCACAGACUAACUUUGUCAGCAGAACUCCUUUCCUCAUCAGCAAGUCUAGCAUAAUUGCGUAUGGAGAAUUGGCCUGUUGCUGGAGUGAAGCAAAAAAUAAAAAUGGGACAGUUAAACCCAUCCACACACUUUUUUUUUUUAAGGGACACUGUUGAACCAGUCUAUAAAAACCAUGACUACAGCCUUUUAUACACGGAAACUUUCUCCGAACCGUAAGUUUAUGGGAAUUAAACCUCCACAUUCCUAAUAGGGUCUUUUAAAAGCAAAAAAGGUGUAUGCAAAUAUUCAUUUACUGGCAGAUAAUUUCCACCCUGCAUCAUCUCCAAGGCUGCAAACAGUUGCCCUGGGCUGGGAGGAGGGAGACUAGGUUAGCAUCAUGCACCAAUGUUCUUCAGUGUACUUUAUGAUUUGUACCUGCUUCUUGUCCUCAGCUUGCACCGAGCAUAA